AUGCUUUUCACUGUCUUUUCACUAUUUUCCUUUUGGAGCAAUUGCGUACUGGCUUCUCUUCAGAUUGUACCAGGUGCAACAUGGACAGCUUCUGGAUUAAAUCAACAUAUUCAAGCCCAUGGUGGUGGAAUUAUCCAAGUGGGGUCGACCUAUUAUUGGGCCGGAGAGAAUAAACUCAAUGGAGGUGCUUUCCAAUCGAUCAAUUGCUACUCAAGCACUGAUCUCGUGAAUUGGAAAUUCAAUUCUUAUCUUCUCACACUCCAGUCGUCGGGUGAUUUGGGGCCCAACCGAGUUGUGGAACGUCCACACAUAAUAUACAAUGCCGCAACCGCUAAAUAUGUUAUGUGGAUGCAUAUUGAUGAUUCGGGUUAUGCUGAAGCAAAGGCUGGUGUAGCAACUAGCAGCAGUGUUUGUGGGACUUAUACAUAUUUAGGAGCAAGCCGGCCGUUGGGCUAUCAAAGCAGAGAUUUGAAUGUGUACAAAGAUACCGACGGAACAGGUUAUCUAUUGAGCGAAGAUCGAGCAAAUGGCCUCCGUAUCGACAAGCUCUCCGCGGAUUAUACAUCGGUUGUCUCAGCUGUUUAUCUCUUUGCUGACUACGAGGCUCCCGCCGUAUACAAGAGUGGCAGUACUUAUUUUAUGUUUGCCAGUCACUUAUCAGGCUGGGCCCCCAACGACAAUGUAUACGCUACAGCAACGAACUUGGCAGGGCCUUGGUCUGCUUGGGCUACUUUUGCAACGGUCGGGACUAAUACUUUUAAUAGUCAGACGGCGGCUGUGGUGAGUAUCAAUGGGGUUGUCAUGUACAUGGGAGAUCGAUGGCAGUCAUCCAAUCUUAUGACUUCGACUUACAUCUGGUUACCUCUAACAAUAUCCGGAACGAAGGCAACUCUUACCAAUGAAGUAAACUGGAUUAUCAACCCAUCAGCAGGAACAUGGAUCGCCGGUCCUAGCGAAACCAUGCUGGAAGCUGAAGCCACCACGAAUACCCUGGCCAACGGUGCUAUAGCCAUCACAUGUUCCGGAUGUUCAGGUGGCUCCCAAAUCGGAUAUAUUGGAGGACCAAGUCCUGGCGGCACAUUGACCAUGAAUGGAGUGAGUAGUUCUGUGGCAACUACCACCUCGAUUCGCAUUCAUCAUACGAAUGGCGAUUCAACGCAACGUUAUGCAAACGUGGUGGUCAAUGGAGUCAGCAAUAUCAUUGCAUUUUUGCCCACUACUAAUGGCAAUACACCUGGUACAAGCAUCUUGACGACAGCACUGAAAAGCGGAACUGCAAAUGUUAUUGAGUUUAAGUCUUAUAACUCUGGAUGGGCCCCGGAUAUCGACCGUAUAAUGGUUCCCGUAUCGUAA